AAUUGCUCACUUUAAUUUCUUCUUUGCAAAAAAGAAGAAUAAUUAGCAUGGCAAUUUAUAAUACUUCUGAUGAACAGACACAAUAUUUAGAAGAUGUAAUUGAUGAACAGGCAGAAUAUUUAGAAGAUGUAAUUGAAAGUCAGGGUUUUUAUGUGAUGAACAAUUGUGGACGGGAAAUUCCAUGUGGGAUAAUGAAAAUUGAUGAGAAUUCUGAAGUUUUUGGUCAAGCAAAAAAAGCAGCUAUUUUUGCAGUUGAUAAACACAAUAUUGAGAAAUUGGAAAAUUCAUCAAUAUUGAAAUUUAUGAAGAUUAUUAAUAUUAAUUUUGAACCUACUGCUGGUGCAAUUUAUUACAUAACUUUUGCAGCUUUGGAUUAUUCUUCUGGAAAUAUUUUUCAUUAUCAAGCUAAAGUAUGGGAAAAAAUCAACACUGGUUACAAAGUUGAGAUGUUUCAACUUGCUCCUUAUGUGCCAAAAUUCUCAGGUAAUUAUUAAUAAUAUAUAUAUAUUAACUUGGCUUCGAUCAGCAUUUGUAUCCUCCAACUUUGAGUGUACAUGUCCUACUUGGCGUCUCACGUGAAUAGCCACGUAAGAUGCGUGUGUAUACUUAACUUUAGGGCGUGUGUCAGUGUGUGUAUACUGGCUUCGAUCGGCAUUUGUAUC